CAAGAAGCUCUCCAAAUAAUACGCGAGCUUGGAUAUCGCUAUCUCUGGAUCGAUGCUUUGUGUAUCAUCCAAGGAGAUAAGAAAGACUGGGCAUCUGAAGCCCGCAAGAUCGCCCAAGUUUACUCUAAUGCUGAGCUUACGAUUGUGGCAGGACGAAGUGAGGAUAGUGCAAAAGGC